GUUUGACCCAUCAGGGGCACCGUAAACUCUCAGCAUCACGUGAGCACUCCAGUUUCCUGUUGCUAUUGUAUUACACUUCCAUAUUUUUCACCUCAAAGAGCGUCUGUGAUGUAAACUACCGCGGUGAGUUCGCUCCUUCUGUGUGAUCUGUCUCCACGCACCGAGUCCGUUUAACGUCCUGCCUCGUCCUUACAGUCCAGCAGAGCUGCUGAUCGCGGGGAAAAUGGCCAACAGUGUAGCUUUCCAGAGCAAGUUAACCUCGAUCAUGGAGAUGCUAACUAAAGCAGCCGUGGUGGAAAUCGGCAAACUGUGGGAGGACGGCUUCGCUUUGGUCCAGGUCGAGCUUCGGAGGAGAGAGAUUGAAAUCGAGGCUCUGAACAGAAAGUUGUUGUUGAUGGAAAAGGAGCGGUUAGCAGCUCGGGCUCAGACUGCAAAUAACUCCUCAUCAUCUUUUUCCAAGAGAGAGCAGCAGAAUAAGCUGCUGCCGCCCGCCGGUGAUGGGCCUACGAUAGAAUCGGUCCAGACCUUGUCUUCGGAUCAGAGCGUGAGAGAUAAGGUGGAUAUUUCACCAAAUCAGGGAACGUCAUCACCUCCUCAAACAGAAGAGAAACACAGUGAGCAGCGCAAAUCUGACAGUACGGGCAAAGAUGACGAAGACUUAGUAGUCAAGCUAGAAGACGAGGAUGACGUCCAGAUUGUGGAGCAGGUUGUGGACUCGGAUCACAGCGUUAACAGUGGAGCAGGUCCCCACGAGAUGAAUCUGAACCACCAGCCUGCUGAGGUUGUAGAAGAGCAAGAGUCGCAGCAGUGGCUGACUGUUUCGGUGGGAGACAGCGACACUGCAGAUGACUCGGAGUGCUUUUUCGAACCAAAGCAGUUGUCUCAAAAUCUGGACUCCGAAAUCUUGCUCAUUCAAAAUGCCUUGGACAUUUUCGAUAAUUCAGCAGAGGGAGCAUACUCGGACAGGUUUAUGAGGGACAAUGAAACGGUUCAAGGUGCAUCAAGUAAAUCAAGGGCUCCUGUGACUUUCAGCCAGUCUCAGCCAAGUCAACCUAUAGAAGCAAUAAAUCACUCAGAGAGAGGAAUGUCCAUUAGAUUCCUCUCAGAAAAACAGCAACCACAGACUAAAAACAUGUCGACCUUUAACACAGACAACAGACUCUUUCAUUUAAACGACCCAGAGUUGCACAAAACUAUAGCGGGGCGCCGCAUUAGGGAGAAGUGGUACAUCUGCCCGUUCUGUGGGAAGAGCUUUGAUCGCAUCAGCCACCUCGAGAUACACCAGCGAAUUCACACAGGAGAGAAACCGUACACAUGCGACACGUGUGGCAAGUGCUUUUCUCAGAGGAGUAACCUUCGUACUCAUCAAAGGACUCACAAAGAGGCUCUCACACAGAACGCAGUUUAAUUCAGUAGAUUUUGAAGAAAAGCUAGAAAUAUCUAAGUGGCUUUUAGAUCUAGAUUUAUUAACAAAUUCUGUUUGUCUUUUGAUAUUUCUGGAAAUAUAAUGUAGCAGACUGAUUUAACUGUGCCCUCUUUUUGUGAAAUAAACAAAAAUUUUG